GGGGAGGCCCCUGGUCGCGCUGAUUAGGAAGCAUCCUUGCUGCAGGUGUGGAUGUCGGGAGAUGGUCCAGCGUUUCCUUCCAGGAGCUGGAAACUGCAGAAAGCUCGGAUUCACCUUCCGUCAGCGUGUGACCUUCUUCGUCUGCAGGACGAGUUCCCCUUCUGUGGUAGAAGAAAACCCCUGGCUGCCUCCUACGAGAGGCAUUCUCGAGGGAGGAGAACCUUUUCAAAAGUGGUGGCGUCUUUUAGUUGCAGAAGAUAGAAAGCCUUAGCGCCUUUGUUUCAAAUGUAGAACCAGUUGUAUACAGGCCUCUCACCCCACAGAGAGACUUUAACUGAAGGAUCUUAAAUGUUUUCUCUCCCUAGAUGGAAAAAACAUUUCUUUCGGUAUUGAUUGCAUCACCUAAUGAGAUCCCAAAGGAAAAACCCUUAGGAAAAUAGAUUUCGGAGAGAAUUAGAACGAUUUAGUUGUACCUCGGAGCCUCUGCCCAUGUAAUUAAAUUGUGUGUAGGACCUGCUAUCUUUUUGGUUGCAAACACUUGGACAAAAGUGGCUCUAAAUCCAGCACGUGCGUACUGAGGCAAGUUAAUGGAUUUAAUAUGAAGCACAGAAGCAGAUAAUGCCAAAGAGCAAGCAGUAAUUGGUACACAUUUCUGGAAAAGCAGUGUCCGUGUUGUUAUGUACACCUUCAAAAAAGUUCAGAUCUGUAGGGGAAUUGUUGUGUAAAGUAAACAACUCCAGGGUAGCAGUAUUUUAAUAGCUUUUAUAGACGUGUAUUUACUGUAUUAAAAAUGAGUAAAAGAACAAGCAAUGACACAUCACUAGGAAGAGUGAGUGGGGCCGCCUUUCCUUCUCCCACUGCUGCUGAGAUGGCGGAAAUUAGUCGAAUUCAGUAUGAAAUGGAAUACACCGAAGGUAUUAGUCAGCGAAUGAGGGUCCCGGAAAAAUUAAAGGUAGCACCACCAAACGCUGACCUGGAGCAAGGAUUUCAAGAAGGAGUUUCAAACGCUAGUGUGAUCAUGCAAGUUCCAGAGAGAAUUGUGGUAGCAGGAAAUAAUGAAGACAUUCCAUUUUCAAGACCAGCAGAUCUUGACCUUAUACAGUCAACUCCCUUUAAGCCUCUGGCUCUAAAAACACCACCUCGUGUGCUUACACUGAGUGAAAGGCCGCUAGAUUUUCUGGAUUUAGAAAGACCUGCUCCAACCCCUCAAAACGAAGAAAUCCGUGCAGUUGGCAGGCUAAAAAGAGAACGCUCUAUGAGUGAAAAUGCUGUUCGCCAAAAUGGACAGCUGGUCAAAACUGACUCCAUGUGGCACAGAUCAGAUUCUGCCCCAAGAAAUAAAAUUUCAAGGUUCCAGGCACCGAUUUCUGCACCGGAGUACACUGUGACACCAUCGCCACCGCAGGUCCGGGUUUGCCCUCCCCGUAUGUUACCUGAAGACGGAGCUAAUCUUUCCUCUGCUCGUGGCAUUUUGUCGCUUAUCCAGUCUUCCACUCGUAGGGCUUACCAGCAGAUCUUGGAUGUGCUGGAUGAAAAUCGCAGUGUGAGAAGACAAAAUGAAAUACGUUGUGAAAGACCUGUGUUGCGUGGUGGGUCUGCUGCCGCCACUUCUAAUCCUCAUCAUGACAACGUCAGGUAUGGCAUUUCAAAUAUAGAUGCAAUGAUUGAAGGAACUUCAGAAGACAUGACAGUUGUAGAUGCAGCUUCAUUAAGACGACAGAUAAUCAAACUAAAUAGACGUCUGCAACUUCUGGAAGAGGAGAACAAAGAACGGGCUAAAAGAGAAAUGGUCAUGUAUUCAAUUACUGUAGCAUUCUGGCUGCUUAAUAGCUGGCUCUGGUUUCGCCGCUAGAGGUAACCUCAGCUCUCAGAAAUAUUGUCUCAACAGCUGGAAAUAUAAAGAAUUUGCAAACUUCUUUGUUUUCUGUCUUUGCAUUGUAUGCCGUUUCACAGUCCACGCCCUGAAAAUGUAUUUCACCCAGAAAGGAGGGGGAAGGACUUACAUUUGCAGAAGUAAAGGUAUAUUCUGUCUCUUGACUGUAUUUACUUUUAACCAGUUCUGCCAUAACACGUACUUAAAAUUCACACUUUGCAUGUUUUGUAAAUAGGAUCUAGUUGGGUUUUUUUUUUUAAGGAAUUUUUUUUUUGCCUCUUCAGUUGCACCACUAAUUCUGAGUGUGAGAAAGUGUAUAGAAAAUGGGUUUAGCAAAAUGUCUGUAAAGGAAAAAUAGUACUUCAUUUUGUCCUAUUUGUAGUGUUUUCUCAAACCCCGUUAGAUUAAACAAUUUAGUUAAUAGACAUUUUUGCAUCCACAUGUCAACAUUUAACACUACUGAAGUCCUGGUCUGGUGUCAGGUUUAAUGAAAUCAAGCCACCCCAUGUUUCAUGAUCACCUCCAACAAAAUAAUUCCUAACAUUUUAAGCAGUUUAUCUAAAAUGUGGGUAAAAACGUGCAUUUUUAUUUUUAUUUUGCAGAUGGUUUUCUAUAAAGUACAUUUUUACUAAGUCCGUGUGUGAAUGAUUUAAAAAACUACAGAAUAAGGUACAAAUGUAGUGUAUUUAAUAAACUGUCAACCAAAGCUGUAUUUGUCUGUUGAAAGAUUUUAUUUCAUCAUAUUGUGCUAUAUUCCAUGUCAUAUUUCUUUAUAUGCACCUAAGUCUUCCCAUCUCUGGAGCAACUAGUGCAGUUAAUGACAUGGCAGGUGGCAAGUCAGAUCUUCAUCCUGGUAGUGGUGGACACUGGUUUUGUUACAGCUGUUUUUCUAACAUGUAUUGUCUAUAAAGUGAUUCAGAUAGACGCAC